AUGGUGUCCGCUGUGGUCCUCUCUGGGGAUGGCAGAAUGAGAGGGGUGCUGCUGGUGCUGCUCUGCCUGUUCCAAUCCUCUGCCGGUUGCGGCCUCCAGAAGUCCCCACUUAGGGACCUUUCCGAGGAGGACCUGGUCACCAGCACGCAGUUCCCCUGGGUGGUGUCGAUACAGGACUUGCAGUACACCCACCUGGCGUUCGGCUGCAUCCUCAGCGAGUUCUGGAUCCUCACCAUCGCAUCCGCCUUUCAAAACAGGAAGUCUGCCAUAGUUAUUGUUGGUAUAGCUAACAUGGAUCACAGAAAUAUUGCUCACACAGAGUAUCCAGUCGAUACCAUCAUCAUCCACGAGGACUUUGAUAACCACUCCAUGAGCAAUAACAUAGCCCUCCUGAGGACAGACUCGGCCAUGCAUUUUGACGACCUGGUCCAGUCCAUCUGCUUCCUGGACAGAAAGCUGCAUAAGCCACCAGCCUUGCAGAACUGCUGGGUGUCAGGAUGGAAUCCCACGUCUGCAACAGGAAAUCACAUGACAAUGAGUAUCCUGAGGAGAAUCUCCGUGAAAGACAUUGACCUGUGUCCCUUACACCUACUCCAGAAAACAGGGUGCGGCAGUCACACACAACGGGAAACCGAAGCCGUCUGCUUGGGGGAAGCAGGAAGCCCCAUGAUGUGCCAGCUACAGCAGUUGGAUCUGUGGAUCCUGAGAGGAAUCCUGACCCAAGGUGGAGAUACAUGCCCAGGCAUCUUCAUAUACACCAGGGUGGAAGAUUACAGCGACUGGAUCAUGUCCAUGACUACCAGGGAUGACCAUCCCCUGUUCUCACUCCAACACUGGGACCAUUUUAUACCUCGUCCCUCUUUCGAAGAGCACGCUGCCGUGACACGGAGCACCCAUGCUGAAGUGAGCCACAGGAGCACACAUGCUGAAGUGAGCCACAGGAGCACACAUUCUGAAGUGAGCCACACCAGACGGUCCCAAGCCUCCUUCCAAGAACAAAGUAGUUCCACUAUGACUUCACAGCUGAGGAACAGCACUAGAGAUGAGCUAGACUUUAGGGAAAAGGGUCUCCGGGAAUCGGGCAGGUCUUCGGAGGCGGCCCUUCAACCCAUGUACUAUGACUAUUACGGUGGGGAGGCUGGGGAGGGGGGGUCUUUUGCAGGUCAGAACAGGUUACAUCAGCCCCAAGAAAUCGUCUUGGUUUUCUUCGUGCUUGUUUUCUUUGGCAGCGGUGUCUAGUCUAAGGGGAGCUAAUCCACCAAACUGAAGAGGAAGCUCAGGAUGCCACGUGCCAGGCAUUCGCCAUGAUGUUGGGGUGUCUGUUUUUGAUAGUUGCACACCUGGGCUGCCACGGACGGCCCCACAGCACACACUGGGCUGGCUCUCCCUCCUCUGUCCCACUCCCACAUGCGGAAAGGUCACUUUCAUUUGUGCUUGUGAACUAAACGUGGGCUAACAAGUGUCAAA